UUUCAGGUAAAAAAUUUUAACCUCUAAUACUGAAAUAAUAAUUAACAAAAAUGUUGCAUAAACUUCUACUGGCAAUUAUUCCACUAUUAUUCAUUGAGAAUAUUUGCGAACCAACAGGUGAUCGUGUUCAUGAGUGUUACAGUUGCCCAGGUAGUAGUCCAAACUGUGAUGACACAUGCGAUGGACGAUACUGCUACAAAGCAGAAUUCAUUGCUGAUGGAUAUACGACAGUGAAACGUGGUUGUUUGAAUGAUACAGAUGGUGGUAUUCAAGUUGGUUUAUGUGAAGAAACACCUUCCAAUUUACCGGGAUCUGAUCUUCGUGCUAUUGAAAGGAUGUGUGUUUGUACAACAGAUAAAUGUAACUUAGCUUCCAAUCAUUCCAUUAUUAUUAAUUUGAUCAUAAUUGCAUUAUUCAUAAUUUAUAGUCUAUAA